AUGGAAGGCAAGGUGUUCUUGGGUCAUUACUUGAUAUGGGUGAUGGUACUGUUGGGGCAGCUACACGGAUACAAAAGCUGUAUUCAGAGAGAAAGGAACGCUUUGUUGGACCUCAAGCAAUACCUGAUCAACGUUUCUGAAGAAGGACAAUCUGACUAUGUUCUCCCUACUUGGAAAAAUGACACAAAGAGCCAUUGCUGUCGUCGGGAGGGCGUCAAGUGCAGUCGUACAAGCAGACGUGUGACCAAGAUUGCUUUUGGUGAUUUGUAUCUCAAAGAGAAUUCUUUCUUUAAUCUUUCUUUGUUGCAUCCUUUUGAAGAGGUUCAAAGUCUAGACUUAUCUGAGUGCGCUUUCAGUGUCUUGUUUGAUGAUAAGGAAGUUUUUUGUGGAAUGAAGAAUCUGCAGGAGCUCUACCUCCGUGGAAAUUACCUUGCCGGCCAGCUUCCUCUGUGUUUAGGUAUCUUGAACAAGCUACAGGUUCUUGACCUUUCACUAAACCAAUUAAGUGGAACUCUACCAUCUAGUUUCAAUGGCCUUGACUCCCUCGAAUAUCUGUCAUUAUCAGAUAACAACUUCACAGACUUGUUCUCCCUUAGUUCACUUGCCAACCUCAGAAACCUCAAGGUGCUCAAACUUUCAUCAACAUCUGAUAAGGUCCAAGUAGUUACAGAAAGUACCUGGCUGCCUAAAUUUCAACUAAGUAUUGCUUCUCUACCGUCCUGCGGCUUGAAGAAGAUCCCAAACUUUCUCAUGUACCAGAAGAAGUUGCUUCUACUUGAUCUAUCCAGCAACAGAAUACCCGGAACCAUUCCUUCCUGGCUCUUGGCUAAUAAUCCAGAACUUGAAGUUCUACAGCUGCAGAGUAACUCAUUCGCUGUCUUCCAGAUUCCUACAAUAGUCCAUAAGUUGCAGUUCUUGGAUUUUUCAGCAAAUAAUAUCAACGGAGUAGUGCUCCCUGAUGGUUUUGGACAUGUGCUUUCAAAUCUGAUACAUAUGAAUGGCUCUCAUAAUAGUUUCCAAGGGAAGUUUCCAUCAUCUAUUGGUGAGAUGAAGAAUAUAUCAUUCCUGGACCUGUCUCAUAACAAUCUCUCUGGAGAGAUACCUAGAAGCUUAUUCACAGGUUGUUAUUCAUUACAAAUCCUGCACCUGUCUCACAACAAAUUUACUGGUCAUGUUCUUCCAAGACAGACGAACCUAACAUCAUUGGUAGUGUUGAGGAUGGAUAACAACUUAUUCACUGGGGAGAUCGGUGAAGGUUUCCUUACCUUGGUUAACUUGUCAGUACUUGACAUAUCAAACAAUCUUCUCAGCGGUUCUGUUCCAAGUUUGAUACCAAACUCAUCUGAUAUGUUUAUGUUAUUGUUAUCAAACAACCUCUUAGAAGGUACGUUACCCUCUUCUCUCCUGGCUAAUCAACAUCUCAACUUUCUUGACCUCUCUGGGAACUUAUUAUCCGGAGCCUUGCCAUCAUAUGAUAGUUCUAUGUAUGGGAUAAAGUUGUUCUUACAUAACAAUAGCUUCACUGGAGAGAUACCAAGAACAUUGUUGGAAAAUGCUGAGAUACUUGAUCUAAGGAACAAUAAACUCUCUGGGAGUAUCCCACAGUUUGUCAACACCAUGGACAUGAGAAUAUUUUUGUUGAAGGGGAAUAACUUAACAGGAUCUAUCCCAAGGGAGCUGUGUGGUCUGAAAAACAUUGGAGUUUUAGAUCUUUCAAACAACAAGCUCAGUGGAGACAUACCUUCUUGCCUCCAUAAUUUAUCAUUUGGAUCAGGAGAGUAUGAGCAAGUGAGAAAUGGAGCCUCUGAGGCAUAUGGCUUUGUACCAAGCCUUCAUUGGGAACUUUACAGAUCAACAUUUUUGGUUGAUGAGUUCAAGAUAGAAUAUGAAACAUAUAUGAGUUUUGAAAUACAGUUUGCAGCAAAGCAAAGGUAUGAUUCAUACACUGAAGAGUCUGAGUUCAGCAGAGGAACACUUGAUUUUAUGUAUGGAUUGGAUCUGUCUAGCAAUGAGUUAAGUGGUGUUAUCCCAUCAGAGCUUGGAGAACUAUCGAAACUACGAGCCAUGAAUCUAUCUCGGAACUUCUUGUCAGGCUCUAUACCGGAUAGCUUCUCAAAACUGAAGGAUAUUGAGAGUCUUGAUCUUUCUUAUAACAUGUUACAUGGUAACAUCCCUCGCCAGUUAACAAACCUUACUUCUCUUGCUGUCUUCAACGUCUCCUACAACAAUUUAUCAGGCAUCAUUCCCCAAGGAAGGCAUUUUGACACAUUGAACGAUAUGAGCUACUUAAGCAAUCCUCUUCUUUGUGGAUUACCGACCAAGAGAAGUUGUCAAGAAGCUAAGAAGAGAACAGAGGAAGUUGAUAAAAGAGGAGAAGAAGUAGUUGAUAAAAGAGGAGAAGAAGAAGAUGAUGAAGCUGAUAUUGACAUGAUGGUCUUCUAUUGGACUAGUGCAUCAACUUAUGUAACUGCGUUGAUAGGUAUUCUUGUCCUUAUGUGCUUCGAUUGUCUUUGGCGUGGAGCAUGGCUCCGCCUUGGUAAGGUGUUCUUGGGAAAAUACUUGAUAUGGAUGAUAUUAAUAUUGGGGCAGCUACAUGGAUACAAAAGCUGUGUUGAAAAGGAAAGGAAGGCUUUGUUGGAGCUCAAGCAAUACUUAAUCUCCAGAGAAGAGGAGUUUGACUAUGUUCUCCCUACUUGGACUUACGACACAGAGAGCGAUUGCUGCAUUUGGGAAAGAGUCAAGUGCAAUCGUACAAGCAAAAGGGUGACCGAGAUUUCCUUUGGAGAACUGUACCUCAAAGAAAAUUCUCUCCUAAAUCUUUCUUUGCUGCAUCCCUUUGAAGAUGUUCGUAGUCUGAACUUAUCCUGGAACGGAUUUAAUGGCUUGUUUGAUGAUGUUGAAGGUUAUAAAAGCCUAGGGAGAUUAAGAAACCUGGAGAUUCUCGAUCUCACUUUUAAUCGUUUCAACAAUAGCAUCUUUCCCUUUCUUAAUUCCGCUACAUCACUUAAAACUCUUUCACUUGGGAAUAAUAACUUGGAUGGCCCUUUUCCUGCUGAAGAACUUAAAGAUUUGACAAACUUGGAACUGCUGGACCUGAGUGUAAACCGUUUUCAAGGCCCCCUAGAAGUACAAGAUUUAUCUGCCCUGAGGAUGCUGAAAUCUCUGGACCUAAGCUGGAAUAGAUUUUAUGGAGAAAUUGGAUUGCAAGGCUAUAAUAGCUUAAGAAACUUGGAGAUCCUGUAUCUCCAUGGAAAUGGAUUAAACAACAGCGUAUUUCCCUUUCUAAAUUCUGUUACAUCACUCAAGACUCUGUUUCUUAGGUACAACAACUUGGAUGGCCCUUUUCCAGCUGAAGAACUCAAAGAUUUGACAAACUUGGAACUGCUGGACCUGAGUAGAAACAAAUUUAAUGGCUCCAUACCAAUACGAGUGUUACCUACCCUGAGAAAUCUUAAAGCUUUGGAUCUAAGUGGGAUUUGUGAUAUGAAGAAUAUGCAAGAGCUUGAUCUCAGUCGAAACAAACUUGUAGGUCAGUUUCCUUUAUGCUUAACUGGCCUAACUGAACUUCAAGUUCUUGAUCUCUCAUCAAACCAAUUGACUGGAAAAGUUCCAUCUACUCUCGGAAGCCUUAAAUCCCUCAAGUACUUAUCGUUAUUAGAUAACAACUUUGAAGGAUUCUUCUCACUUGGUUCGCUUGCCAAUCUAUCAGAGCUGAGGUUUUUCCAACUUAAUUCAAAAUCCAAAUCACUUCAAGUAGAGUCUGAAGGUUCUUGGAUUCCGAAAUUUCAACUGGUUGUUAUUGUACUCCAAUCUUGCAACUUGGUGAAGGUUCCCCAUUUUCUCCUACACCAAAAAGAAUUGGUUCGCGUUGCUCUUUCUGACAACAAAAUAUCUGGAGAUUUUCCUCACUGGCUAUUGGCAAACAAUACGAAGCUCGAAGUUUUGUUUCUACAAAAUAAUUCGUUUACAAGCUUUCAGUUACAAGAGUCUGCUCACAGUCUGCUUUUCCUGGAUGUGUCAGCCAAUGACUUCAAUCAUUUGCUUCCUGAGAAUAUCGGGUGGGUACUUCCUCAUGUAAAGCAUAUGAAACUAGGUGAAAACAGUUUUCAAGGAUGUUUGCCAUCUUCUCUAGGUAACAUGAAAAGGAUUUCAUAUCUGGAUCUAUCUCACAACAACUUCCAUGGGACGUUGCCAAGAAGUUUUGUAAUGGGUUGUUAUUCCAUGAGCAUCUUGAAACUUUCAUAUAACAAACUAAGUGGAGAGGUGUUUCCGGAAUCAGCCAACCUCACUCUUAUGUCAGAGCUGUACAUGGAUAACAAUCUGUUUACAGGAAAGAUUGGUCAAGGUUUGCGGAACUUGGAAGGCUUGGAACUGCUUGACCUUUCAAACAAUAAUCUCACGGGUGUUAUUCCGAGCUGGAUUGGCAAUUUUAGAUACUUGAACACACUACUACUUUCAAACAACUCGCUGGAAGGUGAAAUACCUAUUUCUUUGUUCAACUUAACUAAUCUUGAGCUGUUGGACCUCUCCGCAAAUAUUUUAUCUGGGGGCAUACCUCCACACAUCAUUUCGAGGAGGGAUGUAAUAUUACUCCUUCAAGAUAAUAAAUUAUCAGGUGUUAUUCCAGAUACACUGGUAACUGAUAAUGUCUCUGUUCUUGAUCUGAGAAAUAAUGGAUUGUCUGGGAAUAUUCCGGCUUUCACCAACACCCAAGGCACCAGUACUAUUCUUCUUCGGGGGAAUAAUUUAACAGGGAGUAUUCCUCACCAGUUGUGUGGCCUAAGAAACAUCCAACUUCUUGAUCUUGCCAAGAACAGGCUGAAUGGAUCCAUACCUCCAUGCUUCAGCAAUACAUCAUUUGCUUUUGGGAAAGUGAAUACAUUAUAUGAUUACGGCACCGUGACCAGCGGUGUUACUUCGUUCACUGGUGUUUCUGAAGAGUACCGUGUCGAAUCAGAGUUUGUAUAUUUCAAACCUUCUAUUGUGCUGAAUCCGUUUAUUGUGGAUUAUAUGCCAAUCACUCAUAUUAAAAUUGAAUUUGCUACAAAACACCGGUACGAUGCCUACUUGGGUGGAAAUCUCAAAUUAUUGUAUGGAAUGGAUCUCUCAGAUAAUGAGUUGAGUGGUGAUAUCCCAGCAGAUCUUGGGGCUCUUCUGGAGCUACAAGCUCUUAAUCUUUCUCACAACAAGUUAUCAGGAGUGAUACCAGAAAGCUUUUCAGGUUUGAAGAAUGUGGAAAGCCUUGAUCUCUCCUUCAACAAGUUACAAGGCCGGAUUCCAUCACAACUAACGGAGCUGAGCAGCCUAGAAGUUUUCAAUGUCUCCUUCAACAACUUAUCUGGAGUCAUUCCACAAGGAAAACAGUUUAAUACCUUUGAUGGACAAAGCUUUUUAGGUAAUCCUCUUCUUUGCGGACAAUCAAUCAACACAAGCUGCGACAGAAGUCACUAUCAAGAACCAGACAAUGGUGUAAAUGACGAUGAGAGCAAAAUCGACAUGAUAUCUUUCUACUGGAGUUUAGCUGCAGCUUAUGUGACUGUACUUGUUGGAAUAUUCUCAUCUCUCUCUUUUGACUCUCCCUGGAGCAGAUUUUGGUUCUACCUCGUCGAUGCUUUCAUUCACAAGGCCAAGAGUUUGUUGUGCUGUGUUGAAAAAGAAAGAAUGGCUUUGUUGGAGCUCAAAAGAUACUUACUCUCAAUUACUGAAGAAAAGUGGUUCGACUAUGUCCUCUUUACUUGGACUAACGACACAAAGAGCGAUUGCUGCCGUUGGGAUGGAGUCAAGUGCAAUCGUACAAGCCAGAGGGUGGCCGAGAUUGCAUUUGGUACACCAUACUUCAACAAGAAUUCUCUCCUAAAUCUUUCUUUGCUGCAUCCCUUUGAAGAUGUUCGUAGUCUGGACUUAGGAGGUAGCUUCUUCAUUGGCUUGUUUGAUGAUGUUGAAGGUUAUAAAAGCCUUGGGAGAUUAAGAAACCUGGAGAUUCUGGAUCUAUCUUUUAAUCGUUUCAACAACAGCAUCUUUCCCUUUCUUAAUGCGGCUACAUCACUUACAACUCUUUAUCUUCGGAACAACAACAACUUGAAUAUUCCUUUUCCUGCUAAAGAAAACAACUUUGAAGGUGUAUUCUCAGUUGGGUGGCUUGCCAACCUCUCACAUCUUAGGGUUUUCAAACUUGGUUCGAAAUCCAAAUCAUUUCAAGUAGAGUCUGAAGGUUCAUGGAAGCCAAAAUUUCAACUGGGUGUUAUUGAACUAUCAUCUUGCAACUUGGUGAAGGUUCCUAAUUUUCUCAUAUACCAAAAGGAUUUGAGUCGCCUUGAUCUUUCUGACAAUAAGAUGUCUGGAGAUUUUCCUCAUUGGCUAUUGACGAACAAUACGAAACUCGAAGUUUUGUUUCUACAAAAUAAUCUUUUAUCGAGCUUUCAUCUACCGAAAUCUGCUCAUAAUCUACUUAUCUUGGAUGUGUCAGCCAAUGACUUCAGUCACCUUCUCCCCGAAAAUAUUGGGUGGAUAUUUCCUCAUUUAAGAUAUAUGAAACUAGCUGAUAACAGAUUUCAAGGACAUCUACCUUCUUCUCUGGGUAACAUGAAAAGGCUUGGAUAUCUGGAUAUAUCUCACAACCGCUUCCAUGGAGAGCUUCCAAGAAGUUUUGUAAUGGGUUGUCAUUCCAUUUUUGUCUUGACACUUUCACAUAACCAAUUUAGUGGAGAGGUGCUUCCAGAAUCAGCCAACUUCACUGGUAUAUGGGAGUUGUCAAUGGAUAACAAUCUGUUUACAGGAAAGAUUGGUCAAGGUUUGAGGAACUUGGGAGGCUUGCAACUGCUUGACAUUUCUAACAACAAUCUCACGGGUGUUAUUCCGAGCUGGAUUGGGGAGCUUCAAAACUUAAACGCACUACUACUUUCAAACAACUCUUUGGAAGGUGAAAUACCUAUUUCUUUGUUCGACGUAUUCUUUCUUCAGCUAGUGGACCUCUCGGCAAAUACCUUAUCUGGGGACAUACCUCCACAAGUCAAUUCGUUAGGGAAGGCCCUUUUACUCUUUCAAGAUAAUAACCUCUCAGGGGUUAUUCCAGACACAUUGCUAACGCAUGUAGCUGUACUCGAUCUGAGAAAUAACAGAUUAUCUGGGAAUAUUCCGGCGUUCACCAACACUAAAUACACACAUACUCUUCUUCUUCGGGGGAAUAGUUUAACAGGCAGUAUUCCUAGCCAGUUGUGUGGCAUAAAAGACAUCAAACUUCUUGAUCUUGCCAACAACAGACUGAAUGGAUCCAUACCUUCAUGCUUCAGCAACACAUCAUUUGCUUUUGGGAAAGAGGAUACAUUAUAUGAUCAGCAUUAUGGUGGUGUUUCUGGCGGUGUUAUUCAGUUCUAUCAGCAAACAAACCUUUUCAAGUCUCUUAUUGAGAUAAGACCGUUUACGAUGAAUUACGUUCCAGACACCCAGAUUAAAAUUGAAUUUACUACAAAACACCGGUAUGAUACCUACCUCGGUGGAAAUCUCAAAUUAUUGUAUGGACUGGAUCUCUCAGGAAAUGAGCUGAGUGGUGAUAUCCCAACAGAUCUUGGAGGUCUUCUGGAACUACAAGCUCUUAAUCUUUCUCACAACAAGUUAUCAGGAUUGAUACCAAAUAGAUUAUCAGGUCUAAAGAAUGUGGAAAGCCUUGAUCUCUCUUUCAACAGGUUACAAGGCCGGAUCCCAUCACAGCUAACGGAGCUGAGCAGCCUAGCUGUUUUCAACGUCUCCUUCAACAACUUAUCUGGAGUCAUUCCACAAGGAAAACAGUUUAAUACCUUUGAUGCAAAAAGCUACUUAGGUAAUCCUCUUCUCUGUGGAAAACCAACUAACACUAGCUGCAGCAGCAAUAGAUUUCAAGAAACAGAUAAUGAAGUGAUGGAUGAUGAGAGCCAAAUCGACAUGGUAUCUUUCUACUGGAGUUUAGCUGCAGCUUAUGUGACUAUACUUCUUGGUAUAUUCGCCUCUCUCUCUUUCGACUCUCCUUGGAGAAGAUUUUGGUUCUACCUCGUUGAUGCUUUCAUCCACAAGGCCAAGAACCUGUUGUGA